GAAGAAAUGUCAAAAACUGUUUCAUGACGUAUUUUAUAAACUAAUAAAACAAGUAUAUGUAAUUAAAAAUGUAUUAAAUUAAGUAAUUUAUAUUUCAAAAAUAUAUUUUAAAAUGUCACAAACUGGACGUAAAAAAGUACAAGUGUCAUUUGUAAUAAGAGAUGCAGAAGAGAAAAGACAUCGUUCGGGUAUUAACUCGUUACAGGUUGACCCAGCGUUGGGUCGACUGUAUACCGCUGGUCGUGAUAGUAUAAUAAGGGUAUGGAAUAAGGAUAAAUACGUUCAUAGCAUGGAACAUCACACAGAUUGGGUCAAUGAUAUUGUUGUUUGUUGCGGCGGUAAAAAUUUAAUUUCGGCUAGUGCUGAUACAACUGUCAAAGUAUGGAAUGCUCCACGAGGAUUUUGCAUGUCAACUUUACGUACGCAUAAGGAUUAUGUUAAAGCACUUGCCUACGCUCGAGAAAAAGAACAAGUUGCAUCGGCUGGAUUGGAUAAAGCGAUAUUCCUGUGGGAUAUUAAUACUCUAACAGCAUUAACUGCCAGUAAUAACACAGUUACCACCUCAAGUUUAACAGGAAAUAAAGAGUCAAUAUAUAGUCUUGCGAUGGAUCCACGUGGAACUAUCAUUGUUAGCGGUUCUACAGAAAAAGUUUUGCGAGUUUGGGAUCCACGGAAUUGCCAUAAAAAAAUUAAAUUAAAAGGCCAUGCAGAUAAUGUUAAAGCAUUACAGCUUUCAAAUGAUGGCAAACAAAUUUUAUCCGCUAGCUCAGAUGGAACAAUUAAGUUAUGGUGUUUAGGUGAACAAAGGUGUAUACAAACACUUCGAGUACACGAUGGUGCUGUUUGGUCUUUAAUAGCUAACGAUUCAUUUACUCAUAUUUUAUCAGGCGGUCGCGAUCAACAAGUAUUUUUAACAGAUUUAAGAAACCCAAAUAACAGUACACUUGUGUGCAGUGAAAAGGCUCCAAUACUAAAAUUGUGUUAUACAGUUGAUCAACAAUCGUUAUGGGUAGCCACAUCAUCUUCAGAUUUAAAUUGUUAUCGAAUACCAAAAGUAAGCAUGUCCUCGAACAAUGAUUAUUAUGAAGGUGAUAUUUCAAUGAAUUGUGAAGUAUUACCGGUUCCUGUUCUACACAUUCCUGGUGCACCACGAUUAACACAUUUCCAUGUAUUAAAUGAUAAAAGGCAUAUAUUAACUAAGGAUAGUGAAAAUAAUGUUGCUUUAUAUGAUGUUUUGAAGGCAAUCAAAUUGAAAGAUUUGGGUCAAGUGGAUUAUGAUGAAGAAAUUAAAAAACGUUUUAAAAUGAUGUACGUACCAAAUUGGUUUAAUGUAGAUCUUAAAACUGGAAUGGUGACAAUAAAUUUGGGACAAGAUGAAACAGAUUGUUUCUGUGCAUGGGUAAAUGCUAAAGAUGCAGGUCUUGUUGAAGGAGUUGAUCCAGAUCAUAAAGUGAAUUAUGGUCGCUUAAUGCGUCAAGCAUUAUUACAAAAUUGGAGAAAUUUUGAAGCGGAUGCAGACUCACCAGGAAAUAUAAUUAGUGUACCUCCACAUACACCUGUUGUUUUAAGUGAAGUAAGCGGACGAACCCUGUAUCGAAUUCUAGUCAAUGAUAUGUCUGGUGAAUCCGAAAGUAUUUUAUUAAGUGACAUGAUGCCAACAUGGCUUGCCGCUAAAGAUGAUCCAAACGACGUACAAAGAUUUCAAAAAGUAUCAUUUUUCCUAUUUCGAUAUUUAGGACCAGGUACUAAUACAUUAAAACAUGAGCAAGGUGCUAAAAAGGAUCGUUUAGCUGCGAAUGAUUUCAUACAAUGUAAAAAAGUUGCUGAGCAUGUUAUAGAGAAGAUUUUAGGUGAAGCGGGAUCUGGAUCUCCUACAGGCACUGAGAAUGAUACACCACCGACAAAUAAUAAUGCAAAUAAUUCGAAUGUUCAAGUUGAAUUACUUUGCAAUGAUCAGGUACUAGACCCAUCUAUGGAUUUACGCACAGUAAAACAUUUUAUAUGGAAAUCAACCGCCGAUUUAACAUUAUAUUAUCGUGUUAUUAAAUAGUGUUAUGCAUUUUUAU